GAGCAGCGCCUGCUUCCCUGCCAGCAGGAGGCCCAGGAAGGAGAAGCAGGAGGAGGAGAGGCGUGCGAAAGGACGAUUGAGGUCAUCAUGGCCCACUCUCCGUCGCGGUGCAGGUGCCAGGCAUGCAGAACCACAGAGCAGACCCCGAGGAACUUUUCACAAAACUAGAACGUAUUGGGAAAGGAUCCUUUGGAGAAGUCUUUAAAGGAAUUGAUAAUCGGACACAACAAGUGGUUGCUAUAAAAAUCAUAGAUCUGGAAGAGGCAGAAGAUGAAAUAGAAGACAUUCAGCAGGAGAUAACUGUUCUAAGCCAGUGUGACAGCCCAUACGUAACAAAAUAUUAUGGCUCCUAUCUAAAGGGCACAAAGUUAUGGAUAAUAAUGGAAUACUUAGGUGGGGGAUCAGCAUUGGAUCUGCUCCGGGCCGGCCCGUUUGACGAGUUCCAGAUUGCUACAAUGCUAAAGGAAAUCUUGAAAGGCCUUGACUAUCUACACUCAGAGAAGAAAAUCCACAGAGAUAUAAAAGCUGCCAACGUGUUGUUGUCAGAGCAAGGAGAUGUCAAACUUGCGGAUUUUGGAGUUGCGGGACAACUGACCGAUACACAGAUUAAGAGGAACACCUUCGUAGGCACACCGUUUUGGAUGGCCCCUGAAGUCAUUCAGCAGUCAGCCUAUGACUCAAAAGCUGAUAUUUGGUCAUUGGGAAUCACCGCCAUUGAACUGGCCAAAGGAGAGCCGCCCAACUCAGACAUGCAUCCAAUGAGAGUGCUCUUUCUCAUUCCCAAGAACAACCCUCCCACCCUAAUAGGAGAUUUCAGCAAACCCUUUAAAGAGUUUAUAGAUGCAUGCCUCAAUAAGGACCCAACGUUUCGUCCUACAGCAAAAGAACUCCUAAAGCACAAAUUCAUUCUGAAGAAUGCCAAGAAGACAUCUUACCUGACGGAGCUUAUUGAUAGAUUUAAGAGGUGGAAAGCAGAAGGACACAGUAGUGAUGAAACUGAUUCUGAUGGUUCUGAUUCUGAAUCUAGCAACAAGGAGAACAAUUCUCAUCCAGAAUGGAGUUUCACUACAGUUCGGAAGAAGCCAGAUGCCAAGAAACUGCAGAACGGAACAGACCAAGAUCUCAUGAAAACGCUGAGCUGCUUAACCAUGAUCAUCACACCUGUAUUUGCUGAGCUUAAGCAGCAAGACACCAACAAUGCCAGCAGGAAGAAGGCCAUUGAAGAACUUGAAAAAAGCAUCAAUUUGGCAGAGACAACAUGUCCGGGGAUCACCGACAAGAUGGUGAAGAAACUUAUGGAGAAAUUUCAGAAGUUUUCUGUGAAUGACUCCUCCUAAGCAACGGAUGCUGUUCCACACGGACCCAGUAUAGGCCACCAAAACCUACUCUAAGCUUGGCAAUGCUUUGGUCAUGAGCUCCUUGUGCCUUUUUGGAUCAUUGCGACGUAUUUGAUGAUCGGGGAUUUAAAAGGACUGAACUCCACUAUUUUGUGAUGGGUAUACAUGGCUUUUUUUUCUUCUUUUUUUUUUUUGUAUUUCCAGGACAUUCUUUUUUUUGUAAAGAGCAACUUUUAAUAUUGUAGUUUUCACCUAUUUAAUCCAGUUGGAAACAAACAAACACACACAACAACAGUGAGGGCGCAGUAUUGCUUCUAGAUGUAACCCAGAGGCGCUACCGGUUGCCAAUUUCCACAGGUGAGAUCCGGGGUCUCAAGGGUUCAUCGGACUUGCACCCCCUUUACUUGAGUUUGUAGAAAGUACGUGUGCCGGCGACGUUUUCUUACUCUCUGAAAGGAGACCCAGUGUCUUCUUGUUCCUUUUGUUAGAAGUACUUGCGCAGAGUGAUAGCGCUUCUAAAGUCACUGAAACUAGCUUUUAAAAAACCAGCUUUUUCACACAGACAUAAUAAUAAGCACUUCCGCUUGUGGGAUGUUAACCGUAGCACCUGCUUGACCACCCUAUUUCUUCUAGCCUUUACUUCGGCCCCCGUAAACGUCAACGCGACAACUGCGACGAUUAUCACCUACCUUUGGGGAAAUUGGUACAGUAUUUUAGGCAGCUCUGUGAUCACCUCCAUUUUGAGAGCAAUAUAUGUCAAUAGCUUUGCAAGUUUUAACAUGUAGCGACUGAUUUAGAGCUUAGUGUACAGUUUGUAUGUAUUUUACCUUGUAGAACAGGAUUUCCCCCCCUGGUAAGUCAUUCAUCAUGGUAAGAAAUUUUUAAAGCAAUAUAGUUGAAGGGCAGAGGGGAGGCUUUUUUGGCAAUAAUGGACACAAUCUGGUUUAAUUUAAUAUAUUUUUCCUCUAUUUUUAGUAUAAAUUUGGGGAAGGGAGUAUUAGCUCAUUCUGUGUUUGGGACCUUGGAGGAAAAACUGUGGCGUGAGAUAAAUACCUCGCAAGCAGGUAGAAAAGCGCGAGACCAGCUUUUUGUGCGGUUGUGUUUUGUUUCGUUGUUUUCCCUUUCCUGUAAGAUAUUUAUACACUUAGGUUCUUUAUCAAACACAUUACGUAGAUUGCAUCGCCAUACGUUUAAUUCCCCCCCACUCCGACGUGUAUUUUAAAUACGUAUUUACCAGUUAAUAUGCAAAUAACUGAGUUAUAGAUAUUCUUUCACACACA